AUGAAUUUGAGCGAUUUUAAAUGUAUUAUAUGUGAUGAGUUAAAACAUAAUCCUCAAGUAUCACAAUGCUGUCCCAAAUUUUAUUGUACGGAUUGUAUCAAAAAGAUAGAAAACAUUUGUUCAAUUUGUAACCGAGAAACUAGCUUCAAAGAAUAUCCCGCACUAUCUCGAUUGGUCGAGGCUAAGCUAAUCUUUGAAUCUAAUUUAACCAAUACAAUUUUCAAUAAGAUAAGGCGCAAGUUUUCACGCAAUAAUUCCAAUAAGACCAAAAGUCAUUUACCAAGCAAUGAUCACAUUGGUGAUACGUUUAAAAUCACAGUAUUAAAUAUAGAAGGCAAAAAAGUCAAUAUUUAUGUGAAAGAAAGUGAUACAAUUGGAGCUCUCAAAGACAAGAUUAAAGAAGAAGAAGGAAUUGAAAUUGAGUAUCAGCGAUUAAUUUUCAGAGGAAGACAAUUAGAAGACCAUAAUGCCAUUUCAUAUUACAAUAUUAAGAAGGAUCAUGUUGUACAUAUGGUGAAUCGUUAUAUUUCUGGUUAA